CCUGGCCCCGGGCAUCGUCUUCCCUUCUGCACCGAAGCCUGUACUGUACACUCCACUCCACCCAUGAUUGAUGCUUCCUUCCAUGGCAGCCCGGUAAGAGUCGUAGUACACCGGAGGGAGACGAUUGACUUGGCGCCCGCAAAUCCAUCCGCAAGGAGUACUCCACAGACAAAACCAUGGAAUUUAUUCAAGAAGGUGAUAGAUCUAAGUGGAAGGCGCAUAGUAAUCAUAGCAUAAAAUGCUUCACUAAAGGUGACAUAGACAGAAUGACCAACAACUAUCGAACUAGUCUUGGAAGAGGUGCCUUUGGAGAAGUAUACGAAGGGGUUCUUGAGGAUGGAAGCAUGGUUGCGGUGAAAAGGUUUAUCCACAAUGUGAAAGAAAACUUCGCUAAAGAGCUGAUCGUCCAUCGUGAAAUCAACCACAAGAACGUAGUGAGGCUCAUUGGUUGCUGUGAGGAGGAAAAUGCCCUUAUGCUGGUCAUUGAGUAUGUCGCUAAUGGAAAUCUAAGCGAUCUUCUUCACGAUGACAACCUUCCCAUCCCUUUGGAUGUAAGACUUAGGAUCGCCAUCGAGUGUGCGGAGGCGUUGGCAUACAUGCAUUCUCACAUGUACACUCAGGUUAUCCAUGGAGACAUCAAGCCUGGUAACAUACUCUUAGAUAGCAACUUCCACACGAAAUUGUCAGACUUUGGAAUAUCAAGACUAGCCAACACGGAUAAGACAAUGCACACAAAGAAUGUCAUAGGAAGCAUAGGUUACAUGGACCCUCUGUUUGCUUUGGAUGGGCGUCUAACUGUGAAGUAUGAUGUUUAUAGCUUUGGAGUUGUUCUCCUCGAACUGAUUGCCAGGAAAAAGGCGACGACAGUAGUUGACAACAUCAACAUUGUUUAUGCAUUUACUAGUGCUCUUGCAAGGGGGUCCGGAGGUGUGAGAGGUAUGUUUGAUGCUGAAAUUGCAAGCAAGGAUAACAUGAAGGUUAUUGAAGGGAUUGCAAAGAUGGCAGGUGAAUGCCUAACGAUGGAAAGGGAGAAACGUCCUGAGAUGAUUGACGUGGUGGAACGUCUUCGGGUGCUACGACAGAAAGCUUCACGUCAGGAUCAGGCAUCGCAACGCUCAGGUCUGUUCUCUUGGGCUAGGAAGAACAAGACAGCACCUCCAGCUUCAGCGAACAUCCCAGCCAAUAUUUUGCCGUCAGGUGUGUGUCUGCGUCGGUUCUUGUUUGCAGAUAUGAAGGCUGCGACAAACAACUUUGAUAAGUUACUCUGCGUUUCUGGUGAUGGUGGAAUUGGUAAGGUGUACCGUGGCAUGAUUUAUGGGGCAGGAACGAAGGUGGCUAUCAAGCGUUUGCGUUUGGAGGAUUCUUCGAUUAUCAAUGACAUUUAUAAUGAGAUACAGAUAAUGUCAAAGCACCGCCACUGUCCUCAUCUUGUGCCACUGCUCGGUUACUGCACUGAAAAGGACGAGAUGAUACUGGUCUACGAAUACAUGGAUCGUGGAAGUUUGCUUGAGCACCUUGGGACCCAGAAGCCAUCCCUUACCUGGAAGCAACGUAUAGAGAUCUGCAUUGCUGCAGCUCGUGGCCUGCGCUACCUUCAUGAACUACAGAUCAUCCAUGGUAACGUGAAAUCGUCAAACAUCUUGCUGAAUGAGAAAUGGGUUGCCAAGAUUACGGAUCUUUCUAUUUAUAGUACUGAGCUAUUAAGAUGCCUUACAGUGAUCCGCGGAACUUUAGGUUACCUCGAUCCUGAGUACCUCGCGACCGGUCGGUUUACUGAGAAAUCAGAUGUCUAUUCUUUUGGGGUUGUGUUGUUCGAGGUCCUCUGUGCUCGGCGUGUUUUUGAUUCCAAACUCCCAGACGAACAACAAGCGCUGUCACGUUGGGCAUUGCGAUGCAAGAAGGAGGGCAAUCUUGAUCAGAUCAUUGACCCAUUCCUAAUGGGAAGAAUUAAUCCGGGGAGGUGGAGUCUCAACAAGUUCGCCGAGACUGCUGAGAAGUGCCUUGCUGAUUGUGGUAUUGACCGUCCGUUCAUGGCGGAUGUGGUUUCGGACCUGGAGUGCGCUCUUCAGUUGCAGGUGAGCGCCGAGGCGAGUGGAGGACUUGCUGGUGGUAGCAUGUCCGACGGAGCCAUGGAUUAGGGGGCUGUGGGCUGUAGCUGGUAUGGAUUCCGAUGACUUGGCACCGGAACACCUUCUCGCAGCUUCUAGAACUAGCCCACGUGGACGCGGGCUUAAUAAUCUCAUUACGUUGGCAUGUUCCCACGAGUUUGUGCUGUCAAUGCUCGCCCGUGUUUGCAAGAUUCUGUAUUUCUGUACCACUAUGUACUCCACUCUGUAUUCUGUCUUGCUUAAUGUUUUCCACCGUGCUGUUGUACUGGCGAUCCCAGAUUUUCUCGUGAUAAUUAUUGCUGCCAUUAUUGCCUA